AUGCUCCAAGAAGACCAAGUUGUAUGUGAAAAUGAACUCCAUGAAGACUUUGAUGAGGAAUCUUUCUUUCAAGACAUUGAUAUUCUACAGAAUCAUGGAAUAAAUGUUUGCAGACCUGAAAAAACUAAAGCUGCUGGAAUAUGUACCAUAAAGGGAAUUCAAAUGACAACACGGAAGAAGCUCUGCAAUAUCAAGGGCAUUUCAGAAGCUAAAGUGGAUAAGAUAAAGGAAGCUGCUGGAAAGCUCUCAAGUGGUGGGUUUCUAACUGCACUAGAAUACAGCGACAAAAGAAAAAUGGUCUUUCGAGUCACAACUGGUAGCCAGGAAUUAGACAAAUUACUUGGAGGUGGUAUUGAGAGCAUGUCCAUUACUGAAGUAUUUGGAGAAUUUAGAACUGGCAAGACUCAACUAUCACAUACACUCUGUGUGACUGCUCAGCUUCCAGGAAGAAAUGGUUACUCAGGAGGAAAAGUUGUCUUUCUCGACACAGAGAACACAUUUCGUCCAGAUCGAUGAGAAAUAGCAGACCGAUUCAACCUGGACCACAAUGCUAUGUUAGACAAUGUACUAUAUGCAAGAGCAUACACCAGUGAACAUCAAAUGGAGUUAUUAGAUUGUGUUGCAGCCAAGUUUCAUGAAGAACCUGGUGUUUUUAAACUAUUAAUUGUAGACUCAAUUAUGGCUUUGUUUCGUGUUGACUUCAGUGGACGAGGAGAACUAGCUGAUCGUCAGCAAAAACUAGCUCAGAUGCUCUCAAGACUUCAAAAAAUAUCUGAAGAAUACAAUGUUGGAGUCUUUGUGACAAACCAAAUGACAGCAGAUCCAGGAGCCACAAUGAGUUUCCAAGCUGAUCCUAAGAAACCUAUAGGUGGUCAUAUUUUAGCUCAUGCAUCUACCACCAGAAUCAGCCUAAGAAAGGGGAGAGGUGAAGUUCGUAUUGCAAAAAUUUAUGAUAGUCCUGAUAUGCCAGAGAAUGAAGCAACAUUUGCUAUUACCCCUGGAGGAAUUAAUGAUGCAAAAGAAUAA